AUGAGCUCCGCCACGACACCCAACGAUCCGGAUAGACUCAUCCACUUGGGCCAAGCCGACAUUGCGUCGCAACAACUUGAUGAGCAGAACACGGGUCGCACGCCCAGCAGUCAAGGCGUGCUUCCUUUCAGCAAAGUUGAAACGAUAUCCAGUGCUUCCACAGCCAACAAACCCGACUCGGCUUACUAUGCCACCUCUGUCGGCGACAAAAUCAACCCAGGCUUUAGCAGGGUUGACACAAAAAGCAAUUUCAACGAUCGAAGCGAAGCCGAAGUGACCACGCUUCCGGAAGGACAUGGGGUCCUUUGUGGAUGGGGAACGGCUGACUCAUUCGGCGGAUUCAACAGCGUCUGGUAA